AUGGGUCUGUGUCUGUCUGCCGAGGAAAUCGAACAAAAGGAAAUCAGCCAAAAUAUCGACCGUGGCCUGGAGGAGGACAACAGGCGGCUGAAGAAGGAAUGCAAGAUCUUGCUGCUCGGAAGCGGAGAGUCAGGCAAGUCGACGAUUGUAAAGCAGAUGAAAGUCAUCCAUCAGGGCGGAUACAGUCGAGAAGAACUAGCGACCUAUCGGCUGACAAUCUACAAGAACCUAGUCGAGUCCGCGCAGGCAUUGGUCCUCGCCAUGGAGAGGCUGCGGCUAGAGCCCGCCAAAUCCGAGAACAGGACCAUGGCGGACCGAAUUCUCGACUAUCGCGUCGACGCCGAUCCCUAUUUCACGCUCAGCGCUGACAUUGUCAAUGCGAUUGAUUCGCUCUACCACGACCCGAUCACGGCAACGUGCAUGGAAAGGUCCAGCGAGUUCUAUAUCAUGGACUCUGCGCCCUAG